AGAAAACGUUAGCAAAACUCUAAUCUGAUUGGGUUUAGGAAUAUCCCUAUAACCAAACAGGUCCGAAAUUUUAUUAAAACCCUAUUUUUCACCAUCGAGGAGCGGCAACAGAAAUACAGUCCUCGUUGCUCCACCGCCAAAUUUCAUAGCUCCUGAAACCUUCACCUUUGUCAAACACAGCAAUUUAAGCUCAACCAAGUUUUAAAACGAAGAAGAGGAAAUGAUAUCAGCAAUUUCUUGGGUGCCCAGGGGAGUUUCAAAGCCAGUUCCCUCAGUCGCCGACCCGCCCACCAAAGAGGAAAUCGAUGAGUUAAUAAAAACCGGUGCUUUGGAGAGAAGUGGAGAUGGUGAAAGUGAGGACGAUGAUGGAGAAAUGGAUGUUGAAACCCCAAAGAAGGGUGAUCAAAUCUCCCAAGCAUUAGAGGUAGCAAAAGCACUCGGCAAAGCUUCAAAAGUUACAGAGUCAGGGACCAAAUUUGAUGAUAUAACCGAUGGAUUGAGGGAACUUGACAUGGAACAUUAUGAUGAUGAGGAGGAUGGCAUUGACCCGUUUAGUAGUGGGCUUGGAGACCUUUACUACCCUAGUAAUGAUAUGGAUCCAUAUCUCAAGGAUAAGGAUGAUGACGAGGAGUCUGAAGACAGUGAUGACAUGACCAUUAACCCGACUGAUUCAGUCAUAGUAUGUGCCCGCAAUGAGGAUGAUGUCAGCCAGCUUGAGAUUUGGCUGUAUGUCGAAUCAGAAGAUGGUGAAUCAAAUGUUUAUGUGCACCAUGAUGUCAUCAUUUCAUCGUUCCCCCUUUGCACAGCAUGGCUUGAUUGUCCUCUCAAAGGUGGAGACAAAGGGAAUUUCAUAGCUGUUGGUUUAAUGGAUGAACCUUCCAUUGAGAUUUGGGAUCUUGACAUUAUUGAUGAAGUACAACCAUGUGUGGUAUUGGGCGGUAUUGCUGAGAUGAAGAAAAAGAAAGGAAAGAAGGCAUCAAUCAAAUACAAAGAAGGCAGCCACAGAGAUUCAGUUCUUGGGCUUGCUUGGAAUAAGUUCUACAGAAAUGUACUUGCUAGUGCAAGUGCUGACAAACAAGUUAAGAUUUGGGAUGUGGCUACCGGAAAAUGUACUAUUACCAUGGAGCAUCAUACAGACAAGGUUCAGGCAGUUGCAUGGAAUUAUUUUGCCCAUCAAGUUCUUCUUAGUGGAUCUUUUGAUCAUUCAGUAGUCUUGAAAGAUGGGAGGGCGUCAUCACAUUCUGGCUAUAAAUGGACAGUCACAGCUGAUGUAGAAAGCUUAGCAUGGGAUCCACACACUGAGCAUUCAUUUGUGGUGAGCCUUGAAGACGGCACAGUCAAAGGUUUUGAUAUUCGGGCUGCCACAUCUUCUUCUACUUCUGAGUCUAAACCUAGUUUUACUCUUCAUGCACAUGACAAAGCUGUUUGCGCAAUCUCCUAUAACCCCUCAGCACCUAAUCUUCUUGCAACUGGAUCCACGGACAAAAUGGUAAAGCUUUGGGAUGUGUCAAACAACCAACCCUCAUGCAUUUCAUCCAGGAACCCUAAAGCAGGAGCUGUGUUUUCUGUUUCGUUCUCAGAAGAUAACCCGUUUUUGCUUGCCAUAGGAGGCUCAAAAGGGACUCUGGAAGUAUGGGAUACAUCAUACGAUGCUGCAGUUGCCCAAAGAUUUGGGAGUUACAUCAAGAAGAGCAGAACCCCACCUGGGUCUUGACCUGGUUAAAUUAGAAGAUGAUUGAGGAAUUGUUUUUUCGUUUCUUUUUUCUUUUUGCCUCUUUAAACCUACGAGCUUUUCCAUUUUCUAGGGAACAAACAAGUGCCCACCUGUAGAGGUCUUGCAGUUUUGAAAUCUUUAUGACUUGGAUACCCUUCACAGCCUUGGAAGUAUACUCGUGUGUAAGCAGGGGUAGUUUUGUUUCCUGUAUUAAAUUUAAUGUUGUGUUAAGGGAUGUGAUAUGCUUGAUGACUGAGUGGAAAAGAACAGUUAUUCUCUUGUUCAACAUGAAAGUCAUAAUCUUAAGCUCUGGUCCGGCUAACAUUUCGAUAUCA